AAAUACGUUAUUAGCAUAAAUCGUUCUGAACAGUCAGAGAUGAUGCCGCGACCAGGACAGACCCGCAACAGCAGCAGCAGCAGCAGCAGAGGCAUCCGCUGGCACCUAUCUGCAUCGCUUCUACUGAUGAUGAUGAUGAUGAUGAUAAAUGCACUCUGUGUAACAAGUCAAUAUGCAUCACCUUAUGGCGGCAGCAGUCAGGCUUAUGGCUACAAUCUGCCCCAACAACAAAUACAACAACAACAGCAGCAGCAGGAAAAUGCUUAUGCAAGCCCCCAGCAGCUGAACUACGCCCAACAAUAUCCCUCUGUCGCAGCAGAAGUGCAAUCUCUAUGGACGGGAGCUCCCAUUGUAGUCAACGACAAUCUAUACAGCGCGAACAACAAUCUGGGACAGGAACAACAGGAGCAGCAGCAGCAGCAGCAACAACAGCAGCGCUAUGUGCCCAUCAACGGCUAUUAUCGAGAGGAUUACCCCGGGCGACAGUCGACACCAUUUUCCGAUUGGCGCUACAACAAUCCCGAGAGGCAGAGGAAGGAACUAGAGGUGCCGCCUCUGCCGACACGUGCAGCGAAUCACAACUACAACAAUGUGCCCGGUUAUGUCUACUACCAACAACAGGCGCCUACAGUUCAGCCACGGAUCCAGCCUACAGCUCAGCCACGCGUCCUGCCGGAGUAUAGGCCUCAAUUGGGCCCCGAGUUGGACUCCAGCGAAGCACGCCGCGAGGAGGAGCAAGUGAUCCACAUCGGUGGCAGUCGCUCUUUGGCCAGAAACAACUAUAACAACAACUACAACGAUAAUCAGAACUACUUUGCGCCCGCACAGCCCUGGCGGCGACGUAAUUUCGAGGAUAAAUAUGCGGAGCACUUUUCCAAUUACCUCCGCAAAUAUCCCCAGCGCCUGCAGCCGAUCUACGACACUCGCGAAGACUUUGUUGACAAAUGAGUGCAAGGGAGUCGCCUAGUUUUAGAUCAUAUGAAAACUGAAAGUGAAUAAAU